AUGAUAUCAAAUCAACUUCACAUAGGCGAUAAAGUACAAAUCAAUUUUACUUUACAUGGAAUUGUACGAUUUAUUGGCACAACUCAGUUCAAGGCUGGUACCUGGGCUGGUAUAGAAUUAGAUAAAAUUGGAUCAGGGAAAAAUGAUGGAUCUGUCAAUGGACCCUCAACACCCUAUCAAAAGAAAAGCCCAUCCAUGGUCACGAUCAUUCCACCUUUACCUAGUCAUGAAUUGCAAGAUAAAAUGAAACUACUUGAAGCAGAGAAUAGACAAUUAAAGAGCACCUUAGUACAAUUAGAAGAAAACCAGAAAAUAAAGGAUAAUCAUAUACAAUCACUUGAAUCCUCUUUAAAAGAACUUCAAGAUACAAGUAUGGAGAGUAUAGAUAUGUUGGAAGAUCUAGUUCAAUCAUACGAAAGACAAGUUCAGCAACUUUCAAAUAACCUCCACAUCUCGAAUCAAAAGAUAACAACAUUAAUAAAUGAGCAAAAUGAUUUAAGGAAAGCAGGACUAGAGGCGAUUGAAUCCUACGAGUUAACCUUAGAGAAAACAAGUAAACAACACCACAAGGAUAUCAAAGUAUUGUUAAAGGAUAUAAACUGUUUAGAGAUCAUAUUACAGAGCAAGUUGAAUAAAGAAAUUGAUUUAACCGAAUCAUUGAUGAGGGAAAGACACUAUAGUAGUCGUUUGAUUCAUGAAUUGAAAAAGAAAUUUACUACUUUUACUUUUAAACCCAUUAUGUACAACACUCGAUUACUAGAUACUCCCAUUGAAGAAGAAGAAGAAGAAGAAGAAGAUAUGACACCUUGUGCAUUAUGUGACAAUAAAGGACAUCAUUUAAUUCAUUGUCCUAUGCUAUUUAAAGAAAAGCCUUUACAACAGCAAGCAUGUAUAUGUUCUUCAUUUUAA